AUGGCGGCACACGUCGUAUCCGGUUCUGCGACCGUGUCCCAACGACGGCAACCGUUGCUCAAGGGCCUGCGGCUCGCUGGCUUCCCUCUACUAUUGCUCAUCCUACCUAGUGCGCUCGUAGCGGUGGCGCAGGCGGAACCGAUCCUGAAAAUCCGCGCGACUGAAUUUACCCGAUUUAACGAUACUGCCGACUAUCUCAGCUCAAAGUCGUACAAUGCGCGUGGUAUGGCGCCGCUGUACGAAAUCACCAAUCACGUCAUCAACCUGUUCGUCGAUGAAACUCCCAUUCCAGAAGGUUAUAUCAUCGUAAAGGAAGGCUCAAUCGAGGCGGGGCCAAAUGUUAAAGACAACAACUGGGGCCCGCUCCUGAAGCAGUACUGGGCGCUGCUGCUGGUGACGGCCAUCUGCGUAGUAACGAUCGCGAUCAUGCCCAUCAUGGGCCUCUGUUUGUGCUGCUGUCGGUGCUUUGGCGGAUGCGGUGGCCGAUCGCAGCCCUUCGACAAGAAACACGACACCUGCCGCCGAGCGGUACUGGGUUUCCUGUUGAUCUGUUCUUCCUCGGCACUGGUAUUUGGGGUUGUCGUGGCGUUUGUUACGAACAGCUACAUGCAGCAUGGCGUAGAGAACAUAACCACUUCCGCUCGGCAGGGAGUGCACGAUACGCGACUCUUCAUGCAGACCACCUCGACGCACAUCGACCACUUGUUGAACAAGAAUUAUCAGGAACUGAACGCUGACCUGAAGCAAAUGUUGCACGACGCCUCCGGCAACAUCAUCCAGCGACUGGAGGAAGAAUCGAAGGCCGAGAAGCUGACCAAGCUGUACGAGUUCGUCGAAAAGCUACCGGGCAUCCGGGAAAGUUUGGAAAAGAUGAAGCAACUGACGAGUGAUCUGCGAAUCACCGCUUCCCAGCUGAACGAUGGUCUAAGAGGAGUGAAAAGGGAGCUGUUGACAUCGCUCAACAAAUGUGGCACCCAGGAGUGCAUCAAAGUGAUGGACGACUACAAGAUUGGGCGUCUGAAUGUGAACGGUAUCGAUUACAACUCGCUGCCAGAUUUAUCGCAAAUCAUUCAAAGCGUUACGGAUCUGACGGACAGUGGUUUGGGCGGUGCCAUCUACAAUGGCGUCGAGCAAAUGAACCAGCUGAAGAACAGGCUGAAGCAAACGGUGCUGGAAAACAUCCCGAAAGUGCAGGCCGCAUCCGACUCGACCGGCAAAGCCAUCAAGGAGGUGUCGGACAUGCUCACGGUUCGUCUGAAUGACGUUGCCAACGUGUUGGGAAACAACUCGUACAAGCAUUUGGACACCGCCGACGAGUACAUCGAGCAGUACAGUAUUUACCGGUAUUAUGCGGGGCUCGGCAUUAGCUCGGUGCUGCUGUUGAUUCUGAUCUGCCUGGUGUUUGGUUUGCUGUGCGGUAUCUGCGGUAAACGCCCGGAUGGUUACGGUGACGAUUGCUGCAACAAGGGUGCCGGUGGACGGUUUUUAAUUUUUGCCGUUGCCCUUAUCUUCCUGACGUUUUCUGUGAUUCUGGCCGUAUCGCUGGCCUCGUUCCUCGUUGGUACCGUGGCACGCCGCGCGGCAUGUGAUUCGCUACGCAACCCGGGCGACGAUCAGUUGAUCAACUAUGUUGAUCAAUUCGUGAACCUGAAUCGGUUGUACACGGAACUGCGGUCGCAAACCGAGCGUUCCAAGGCAAAGCUGCGUGCGAGCGAAACGAUUGAACCGAUUCACAUUGGUGAGGUGAUUGUUUCCUGCGAAAGAAACGAAUCCAUCUACAAGGUGCUGAAGAUGCACAACUUUGUCGACAUACGAACGAUACGCGACUACCCGGAGGACUAUGGAAUAACGCGCGAGCUGGAAGCGUUGAAGGACAAGAUCCGGAUCGAGCCGGUACAAAUUCUAACGCCCGAGGCUAGAAGAGACAUCGAAACAUUGGGCUCGUCAAAAUUGAACGAUUUCGAUGUGGAUAAAUUUACGGACAACUUAACUUUCAACAUUACCGAGUACAACCUGAAUGAGAUUGCUGAAAAGCUGCGCGAAGUAGCCAACCGUGUGCCACCCGGAAAGGAAAUGAAUGACAUUAAAGUGAACCUCAAAAAUCAAGCACUCCACCUGUCUUCCUAUCAGACGAAUCUCGUCGAUCCGAUGAUUGCUUCGACGAACCAACUGAUUAAACUGUCCACUUCGCUGGACAGCAGUUUGAAGUUUGGCGAAAAGUCAUUCUCCGAUGCCAUCGACAAAUUUCUCACCCAAAUCACCGAAGCGGAGGAGUACAUCAACAAGUACGGUAAAACGUUCGUGCAAAACGUCACCGAGGAGCUGGUGAACGGCUUCACGCAGCAGAUCUUCGCCUACAUUAACCUGGUGAUCGAUGCGACCCAGCGUGACAUUGGUCUCUGCGGACCAGUGUACAACGUCUACCAGUCGAUGAUAGUGGCGUCCUGCAAACGAGUCGUCGAUCCAUUCAAUGGAUUCUGGGCAGGUGUUGGCUGGUGUUUGCUACUCUUCCUGCCGUCGAUCAUCUUCGGUGUGAAACUAUCCACGCUGUACCAAAAGUCGGACCCCUACCCGGGGCCGAUGGUAGAAUCUGAGUAUCUGUACGACGCCUACACCGAGCGUGAUAAUAUUCCUCUGGCGAGUGGACCGAAAAACAAGCGCCGCAAGAAGCAGGACCGUCGUCGGGAUUCGCGCGACCGGCGGGAGAUAUACUACGAGGAAGGCAGCCCCUCGCACAGCCGCGACCCGCGCUACAAUGAUAUGGCCCCGAAAAACUGGGACGGUGCUCCGCCACGCUACCAGAACCCUCCGAUGGCUCCACCGGCGGCAGAAUACGAGCGCCCCCCACCGUACUACUAUCCAGGGGCCCCGAGUGAACACGAGUAAGGGGGUGCACCCCCAGUCGACCAACAACAAGCAGAGUUCCAGGCGAUGCACAUCACACAGUGCCAAUUGCCGGCGUCAUACCCAAGAGCGCCCGCCGCCGCCGGGUGGCACUCUGUUUUCGCAACAUU